AUGGCCACACCGUUCGGUGGGUUGGCCUCAUACGGCAUUGGCCGUAUUGAGAGAUACUUGGAAGCCUGGCGUUAUCUUUCAAUUUUCGGCGCCACCACCGCAGCCUGGGACCUCGUUAUGCUCGUCCUUCUUGCCUGGCACACCAUCCCAAACCUUUGGUUCUCACAAACAGAGCGCGAGAUCGCCAUGCAACGCAUGUUGGCCGAUGGCCAGGGCAGAGGCAUAAAGGGCACCUAUAAGCUAUACCAAGUGCUGGAAGCAGUGCGUGACCCCGCAACAUGGCUCCUCGCGCUGUACACAUUCUGUGCGAACCUGGCCAGCGGCGGCCUUCCCGCGUUCGGAUCACUAGUCAUAUCCGACUUUGGCUACGAUGGGCUCCAGGAAUUACUCAUCCAGAUGCCGGCUGGCGCAGCGCAGCUUGGAUUCGUUAUACCCGGUGCAGGCGUAUGCUCGUGGAUCCCUAAUAUGCGAAGGGUGAUGAUGGCCUGCGUAACCAUGGUCAGUCUCAUGGGCAUGGUGCUGAUGUACGCUCUUGAUUCUGCGAACCAGGCAGGCCGGGUCCUAUGGCAGGAUCUUCCCUCAGUUUGGCUUUGUCAGUCACCAUGCCGCUGUAAUUGUCUUUGA